CGUCACGUGACGCUGGGGGCCGUUCCCGCCGCCCUGGGAUCCGGAAGCGCGCGGGAGUUCCGGGAGCGCCGGGGCUCGCGCGGUGAUACCGGUGUGCGGCCCCCGCCUCAGCUCCGCUCCUUCAAUGGCGCACAUCACCAUUAACCAGUACCUGCAGCAAGUACAAGAAGCCAUUGAGACCAGAGAUGGUACAUUUUGUGCAGAAUUAGUUUCAUUUAAACAUCCACAUGUUGCAAAUCCAAGGCUACAGCUGCCAUCUCCAGAGGAGAAGUGUCAACAAGUUUUGGAAUCACCAUAUGAUGAAAUGUUUGCAGCCCACUUAAGGUGUACUUAUGCUGUUGCAAACCAUGACUUCAUAGAAGCAUACAAAUGCCAAACAGUUAUUGUCCAAUCUUUCCUGCGAGCAUUUCAGGCACAUAAAGAAGAAAAUUGGGCCUUACCUAUUAUGUAUUCUGUAGCCCUUGAUCUUCGAAUUUUUGCUAAUAAUGCAGAUCAACAGCUUGUGAAGAAAGGGAAAAGCAAAGUGGGUGACAUGUUGGAAAAGGCAGCAGAGCUGCUGAUGGGCUGCUUUCGAGUCUGUGCCAGCGACACUCGAGCAGGCAUCGAAGACUCCAAGAAGUGGGGCAUGUUGUUUCUUGUGAAUCAGCUGUUUAAAAUUUAUUUUAAGAUCAACAAGCUCCAUCUCUGUAAGCCCUUAAUUAGAGCAAUAGACAGCUCAAAUCUGAAGGAUGAGUACAGCAUGGCACAGAGAGUUACCUACAAAUACUACGUGGGACGCAAGGCCAUGUUUGACAGUGACUUUAAGCAAGCUGAGGAGUAUCUGUCAUUUGCCUUUGAGCACUGUCACCGAUCUAGCCAGAAGAACAAAAGAAUGAUUUUGAUCUACCUGCUGCCAGUAAAAAUGUUGUUGGGCCAUAUGCCAACAGUUCAGCUCUUAAAAAAGUAUGACCUUAUGCAGUUUGCUGAAGUAACAAAGUCUGUGAGUGAAGGAAAUCUUCUCCUUCUGAAUGAUGCUCUAACAAAGCAUGAGACCUUCUUUAUUCGAUGUGGAAUCUUUCUUAUCCUUGAGAAGCUGAAAAUCAUCACAUACAGGAAUCUCUUCAAGAAAGUAUAUUUACUACUCAAAACUCAUCAGCUGUCUCUAGAUGCUUUUCUGAUUGCUCUGAAGUUCAUGCAAGUAGAUGAUGUUGAUAUUGAUGAAGUCCAGUGUAUUUUAGCUAACCUCAUUUAUUUGGUGAGGUCACAUCAAAGGCUACAUCUCCCAUCAGCAUCAGAAGCUUGUGGUCAGCAAGCAGAACCCAUUUCCUCCACUGUCAACUGUGUGUUGUUGAGUGUUGCAUCUUAGCCCUGCAAGUGCUCUUCAGGUACUCAGCUUGCCCAGUGGGGCUGCUCCCAGUGACCCCAGGAGCACUGGCAAUGGCCUGGUGCAUGUCCGGGACUGAAAUACCAGGAACUGGUUGUGGCUCCUUUCCCAGAAUGGCCAAGGCUGCCAGGGUUACAAAGUGCAUUGAAAUGAAAUGUUGACUUUGAAAUGGUUGUUUCCACAGGCUUUCUAGAUCAUUCAAAGUAUCUCAUGAAGAAAUAAAGCAAAGCAUUCCUAAUUCCUUCCCAACUACUUAAAAGCUUUUAUAAAGUACUUCAUGUUACUA